AUGGCGAUCGCGAACGUGGUGCGUCGACGCGCGCGCGACGUCGUUCGCGGCGUCGGACGCGGGUCGACGGGUGCGGUGAUUUUACGCGCGCGCACGGGCGCGAUGAGGGGCGGAACGGCGUUGAAGGGGGUGGAGGAGGCGACGGUGAUGAUGAGGCCGACGGAACGACGGUUCGAGUCGCCGAUGUUUGGCGACGCGAGGCGAUGGAUGACGACGGGCGACGGGCGCGCGAGCGAGGACGGGGGGUCGGUGGACGCGUGCGAGGGGUCGAUGGAACUUCUCGCGGAGGAGAUGGAUUUGGAGCGGUGCGAUGGGGACGCGAACGCGAAUCCGGCGCACUUGGAGGUGGAGGCGGCGCGAUUGCGACGCGUCGCCGAGGAUCUCGAGAGCGACGCCGAGGCGCUCGACGCGCGAUCGUUUCGUCGAAUGCGACAACGGGCGCGGGAACUCGUCCGGCGGGCGCACGAGAGACGAGACCAAGCGGAUGAGUUGAUCGCGCGCGCGCGGUUACUCCGAGAAACGCCGAGAUUACGAACGAACACGACGAGCGAACGACGAUGA